AUGUCCGGCCCAAUCCCGCCCCGAGGCCCCGCCGACGGCCCUCGCCCAGAGGUUGGCGACACCCUCUUUGUGAUCCAUGACUUCCAUGCUCGGAGCUCAGAUGAGCUCAGUCUCGGGAAAGGCGACAGAGUCGAGCUGAUUGAGCGCGAUGACGAAUUCGGCGAUGGCUGGUUCCUUGGCCGACACCUGCUCAAUGGCAACACUGGACUAUUCCCUGAAGUAUAUACGCGUCCAGCUCCGAAGAAUAUACCCGGGCCCUCACCCGCUGCGCCCGCCGAAGCGCCGACCCAUCCCACCGCUACCGCUGGCUCUCCAGCUCCGCCUACGCCGACGACGAGUACUGCAAAUGAUACACCCGCGCCUUCAAGUACCAAAGAACCUGAUGCCGCUUCUAUUUCUCUCUCAAUUCCCACCUUGUCCGAAGUUUCACUCCCUCAAAGCGCACCAAGCCAAACAGGCGAUGCCUCGCCCGCUGUGCCUACAACCGGCCUGUCUCCUCAGCAAUCGUCUGGCCACGAUAGUCGCGUCCUUUCUGACACUCUUAAUGUCAUUGAUGAACACAUCACGCGCUUGAGGUCUCCUAUCAGUACUGGCAGCAACUUACGAAACCACGCGAAUGACUCUGGCUCCGAAUACAGCGCUCCAAUCGACCAUCGCAUGUCAUACAUUCGUGGUGAAGAAACAGAUGAAGAGGAGGAUGUUUCCCACACGAAACAAGAGGUACAAGCCUGGUCUGCGGACCAGGUUGCUGAGUAUUUGUUCGAGGCCGGCGUCGAAAAGCAGCAUUGCGAAGUCUUUCGUGACCAGGAAAUUAGCGGCGAGGUCUUGCUAGGCAUGGACCAGAGCUCUCUUUUUAUCAAGGCAUUCGAUCUUGGUUCCGUUGGUCGCAGACUCAAGACCUGGCAUAAGAUAAAGGCUCUCCAAGACGAAGUGGCGAACAACGACGCUUCCGUCAAGCGACCACGAUAUGGCAGCGACGCCGGUUCCGAGGGGACAAGAAAUCGCAGGAGUCGUACCAACACGGUCACGACCUCCGGCUCUAACAGACCAUCGUCCAUUUCAACUAGACAUCUUGCCCAGGCCCCCAAGGUUUCUCCUACUACCCAGGUGACGCCUGCCUCGCCGCAAAGGAUGGCCGAUAGCCGACCAGGUCACGCAAAACGGCCUUCAGCUGCUUCCAUCCGAGAACUGCACCACUCCAGACGACACUCGUCGACAGACUUCCGGAUUGCGCCCGCCGCUGCGCCCUCACCGGCUCUACCACCCCUAACCCCGGUAGAGGGCCACAGAAAGCAACCAUCGUUUGACCGUAAUUGGACCCUUGGCAACGCCUUUGCGCAACCCGGUGCUCGGCCGAUGUCAUCCGCUGGCUUACAUGAUUUGAUCCCAUCCGAAAAAGCUCAAGACUCAGCGGUCGACCUCGACAGGGGAUACUUUUCUGGCACUGAUGCGGAGGGCAGGCGGCGAAACGUGCUUAAGAAGCGCGAGAGCACUGCCCACUCCCGGCAAUCCAGCUAUGCAGAAGAGCAGAGGAUUCGUAGCGCUACUGCACUCUCUAGGCAUUCUCGCUUUGGUAGUGUUGAUUCUUAUCGCGAUGGGCCGUCUACUGCUGCUCAGAAGUACUACGGCAUUCAGCCGGCCGUGCAUGGCAGAAGCAUAUCGACAAACACUACCGAAUCUUUUCGACCUCUACCCCCACUGAAAGAUAAUGUUCCACCGCCUGUUACAAAACUGGACUCGAAUCGUGCACAGCCCGCACCCAAGCAGCAAGGAUUUAACUCAGAUUGGCUAGCAAAUGUUGUGAGCCGCCCGGGUCAAAAACAAAGUCGCAAUGGCAUGCGCGCCAUUUCCGAAAAGCUCACCUUGGAGCGCCGGGCAUCGCCAUCCGAUACCUCUGCCAAAGAUAGUGCAUCGUUUUCGCCUGCGACUGGGCAGAGUACUCCUUCUGUCGCGCCAAGCCUGGAGAAAGAUUCACCUGACGUCACCAGCCAGAACAACAGCGCAGCUACUGCACCAAUCAAGGGCAAGAAGAAGGGCAAAAAGGGGACGAGUGCGUACACGCGAGGGCUAUUAAAGAUCGGACCCACCGAGGCCAAGGAAGGUGCAGAGUAUUUCGGCUGGAUGAGGAAGAAGAGUUCACAUCUCAUGACAACUUGGAAGCCACGAUUUUUCGUAUUGAAGGGACGCCGACUGUCAUACUAUUACUCAGAAGACGAUACGGAAGAAAAGGGCCUCAUCGACAUUUCCUUUCACCGUGUACUACCCGCCGACAAUGACCGACUAACCGGACUCCACGCCACCAUUGCCAACGCCGUCGGCGGACCAUCGAUUCCCAACUCAUCCCUGUCCCCAGACAUGGAAAAGUCUAACGAGCCCGUCUUCAUUUUCAAGUUGGUGCCUCCGCGCGCGGGCCUCUCACGGGCCGUCAACUUCACCAAGCCCAUGGUGCACUAUUUUGCGGUCCCCAACGUCGGGCAGGGCCGGCUCUGGAUGGCGGCCAUGAUGAAAGCUACGAUUGACCGCGACGACGCGGCACCCAUCACCACGACGUACCAGCAAAAGACCAUCUCGCUCACCAAGGCCAAGCAGAUGCGCCACCGCCCACCCGCUCUCAUGAACCUCGACGAGAUGGCCGACGAGGAGAAGAGGGCAGAAGGCCCCGCCGCCGCCGCCGCCGCCUCGGGUGGCCACAACAGUCUCGGCAUCUUUGCGGAGACGGACAGCGGCGUCUCGGGCCUUGAUAAGGCCAGGCUCAAUGGCGUCCUGUCGGCCGCCGAUAAUGAUACGAUGCCGCAGAGCGCAUAG